AAUAUGAAAUUAAAAAUCAGGAUAUGUGUAAUUUCUCAUGUCCGUUUAGCAAGUGGAAGAGCAGCCUAGUUGCUUGCCAAUUAAAAUUUUCUUCUUUCUUGGUAUUACACUAAAAAUUGGGCUUAUAUUCAUCAACCCGGCGCCAAUUUAUCUUAUGUUGCAGUGAUUUCUUCUAAACUUCUUCAUCACCGAACUUGGAAGGACCAAAAUCCAGUGGGGGCAGUUGCCCCACUAGACCCCAGGUGGUUCUGCCCCUGUUGUUGUUCAUGCUAGGGCAACCGAAAGGAUAUUUCAAGCGAAUUCGUGAAAUUUUUUAUAUUUAUGUAAACACUUUCAGAGGAGUUUAACCAGUGGAGUAAUAAUGCAAAAGGACAAUGAUUCUGGUGGUCCAUCAAUGCAUGGAGGUCUUACUGGGCGGUUACGCCGACGCAGAGGCUCAAAUGAGGUUCCUUCUGAAGUUGAUAAAGCAAAUGGAAGCCAUUUACUUGUUGACGAUAGAAACAAAUACAAGUCUAUGUUAAUCCGAAUAUAUUCAUCUGUUUGGAUGAUUGGAGGUUUUGCCUUCAUAAUCUACAUGGGUCACCUUUAUAUCUGGGCCAUGGUAGUUGUUAUCCAAAUAUUUAUGGCAAGAGAGCUAUUCAAUUUACUUAGGAGAUCACAUGAAGACAGGCGCCUCCCAGGUUUCAGGCUUUUAAAUUGGCACUUCUUCUUCACAGCAAUGCUGUUUGUAUAUGGCCGCAUCCUCAAUCAGAGGCUUGCGAAUACAGUUACUUCGGAUAAAUUUUUGCAUAAGCUCGUCACUGGAUUUAUCAAGUAUCACAUGGUUACUUGUUAUUUCUUGUAUAUUGCAGGUUUUAUGUGGUUUAUUCUGACACUAAAGAAGAAGAUGUAUAAGUAUCAAUUUGGACAAUACGCUUGGACUCAUAUGAUUCUGAUUGUGGUUUUUACCCAGUCCUCUUUUACCGUGGCAAAUAUUUUUGAAGGAAUAUUCUGGUUCCUUCUUCCAGCAUCACUCAUCGUCAUCAAUGAUAUUGCUGCUUACUUUUUCGGAUUUUUCUUGGGGAGAACUCCUCUUAUCAAGAUAUCACCUAAGAAAACAUGGGAGGGCUUUAUUGGAGCAUCAUUUGCAACUAUUGUGUCCGCAUUUGUGCUUGCAAAUAUAUUGGGUCGUUUUCAGUGGUUAACAUGUCCUAGAAAGGAUUUAUCAACUGGCUGGCUUCAUUGUGAUCCUGGCCCGCUGUUUAAGCCAUAUUAUUUUACUGUCCCUCAAUGGUUUCCUCAAUGGUUCCCUUGGAGAGAGAUCUCUGUUUUACCAGUACAGUGGCAUGCCUUGGCGCUUGGUCUCUUUUCAUCAAUUAUAGCACCUUUCGGAGGCUUUUUCGCAAGUGGCUUUAAAAGAGCUUUCAAGAUCAAGGAUUUUGGUGAUAGUAUUCCUGGACAUGGUGGAAUCACUGAUAGAAUGGAUUGCCAGAUUUGCUCUGUGCUGGAAGAAGCUGUCCCUCUAAGGAGGAGAACAAGUCAAGUGCUCACUCAGGAUGUGAUCUGGGAACAAAAUGUCCUGCUUCUCGUAUGGACACAAAUGUCACAUUCUGGUAGUGCUCUUGCUUCUUCGGUCUUGAGGGGAGAAAAGUUGAACAAUUGUUCUUUGGGUGUGGGAGAACUUCACCGACUGUGCCUCAAUAGGUUGAUCAAGGAGGAGGAAGUUCACCAAUACACCCUUUUGAAGCUGAAAGACUGAUUAGUUUACUGAGGCAAAGAAAACUAAGAGAAGUCGAAUCCUGUUCCUCUCAGUUUGCAAAGAUAGUACUAUGGAUUAGAAUGAAAAGCACAUUUGAGUUUCUCUGUUAUCUUCUCCACCGACCACACUUGGUUAUUUAUUUUCUUCUUUUUGUUGUUUAGAAGCCUUUUAAACAUUUACCUGAUCUUGAUUGUACACGAUAAAAUACCUUCUUUUGCAAUGGGUUUCUAAUGUAAUUAUUGUCAAACUUUAAUGUUUGUGCUGUGGUUAACUGGUCA